AAAAAAAAAUAAAAAAAAACGACUUUAGAAAAUCGAUAGGGGGCGGUUUGCUGGAUGGAAAAAAGUGCUAACCAAGUAAAUCAUGCCUUUGCAUAAACGUAGCGUACAAUAAUAGGCAAUAGCCUGGUGGAUGUUCCAUUGUCUUUUAAUUAAUGAUUUUGAAAGUCGCACGGUUCAUUCUGCUCUCCAUAUCAAUGAUAUCCAGUCACUCAAUGCUUUCACAUAUUUGCGACGAAGGACACAUUUACAGCAGCAACGCAAACUCGCUUGACGAGUAAAAUAGUCUGGCGAAAUAACAAAGUUGGUCGCAUUACUAUUAGGGUUAAUACUUCAAAAUAUUCAACCUGAUCUGCUCUGCGUUGCAGACAUUUCCGUCCGAUUUCUGCUUCAGUUAAAACCCUAUCCUCUCUUUCAAUAUCAACAUAAUACUUCGAGAAGCGCGUUCUGCCUUCUUUUGUUAAAAUCAAGAUAUACCUGAACAUUUUAGAUGCAUUUUAUGGUGUUUUUAAUCUGAUAAUUUAUACUAUCUUUUUGGAAGCCAUAUUUGAACCCGCGAGCAGUGGAAAAUUUUCUGGUGUUGUUCUUCAUGUAAGACAAACUAUUUUAUUCCCAGCCAAUAUGGCUGCACGAAUGACACCGUUUUCCAGAUAUUUCAAUCUUUUUAGUCAAAAUACGCCAAUUUUACAUUGUUUGAAAGCAUACAAAGUAAGUAAUAAGGUUUUAGUGCUAUUGUUUUUGUUUAAAUAUACAUUUUCGUCUUUUUGUUUGUGUACUUUUGAUGUUUUAAUGAGGUUUAAACAUUUUUUAGCCUGGUUUGAAAACACGUGUGUGUGCUGUGGCGUUCUCAUAUGAAGUAAGGUCAGAAAGAUUGGAGGAAAUAGCAAAAUCUCCAAGUGGAUGGGUGCCUCCUCUGAGUGUGUAGAAAAAACUAUGAUUUUAUAGUUCUUGUAUUAUGGUUCUUCUAUUAUAUAUUAACUAAUUAACUAUUAUAUAUUAACUAAUUAUAGUUCUUCUAUUAUAUAUUAACUAUUAUAUAUUAACUAUAUUAUAUUAACUAAUUAACAAAUAUAAAAUAUUUUCCGUGUUGAUAUACAGUUAUAUAUAUCAACACAAGUGGAAAUUGGGAAAACGAGAAAUUGUGUGGAAACACAAAAAAUUUCGAGUUUUCCCAAUUUCCACGAGUGUUGAUAUAACUAUAUAUCAAAAAAAUUGUUUUAAAUUUGUUUUAUAAUAUAGCACAAAGAAACAUAAAGAAAGAAAUUUUCGGACGUUUCCGUGUUGACAUCAAGUUAUAUCAACACGACUCUUAGCCAAUCAGCGUUCAGAAUUUACAAAUGCUAUAUUAUAAUUAAUUAUAUUAAUUGCAAUGUAAGGCCAUUAAUAUUAAAGUCCCAAAGUAUAGAUUACUUGAUUUAAAUUAUUUUUAUCAUAGACCCUCCACCAUCGUUGCCAUUUGAAAUAAAAAGAUCAAGAACAAACAAUCUGCCAGUUUAUGUUGAUAAGAAGCGUGGAGGAAGUUUAGUUCUUACAGUGAUCAGAAAUAUCAAGGGAGAUUUGAAUGUAAGUGUGAUUAUUAAAAGGGCUGUCAGUGAAUAAAUUUCAUCCCCUCUUACCCCAUCUCAGAACAGACAAUUUUUUUUCUUGAAGAGAAAAGACAGUUUUCAUCCUAGUUAUUUUGUAAUCUCAGAUUUUUUGCUAUCCACCCUCUCACUGCAGAACAAGUCUGCUACUGUGGGUUAAAAUCUAGUGUUGUCUACUGCCAUCAUAUCUUUGUCUAUCUGGUGUAACACAAGAGAAAUAUCUGCACCACACUACAUAUUCAUCAAGCCUUCUGAUUACAAUCUAACUCACCUGUCAACAACACCUUUUUGAUGAAUAAUGUUGUAAAGUAAGACACAUUAGAGUGCAUUUCAGUUUAACUUUUGGAAGAUAACCAAGCUCCACACCAUGCAUUCUAUGAAAUAAACUUUCUUUGCUUUCUAGGAACUUGUGAGAUUUUUAAAAGAAAAUUUAGGAGAGGAAGUUCAUUUUCAAACAAAUGAAAUAACAAGUCAAGUAAAGAUAAAAGGUUAUCAUAAAGAAGCUGUUGUAAGAUUGUUGAAAGAACAUGGAUUUUAGUGAAGUUGUUUCUGAUAUCAAUAAAAACACACUAGAUAUUUUUUGGAUUAUUUAUUAAAAUGAAAGUAGCUCAAUUAGCCAUUACACACUGCAACUAUAUGCAAGAAAUAUACAAUUAAAAUUACAAACUAUUCAAAAAGUAUUUACUACAAUAGAGAUAACAACUUUAACAACCUUUAUCAAUCCUAUGUGUACUGUAGUUGUCAAGAAUCACAUCAAACAUUUUGAUUCAAUUUUGUAGUUUCCUGAACACCAGGUUGUCACAGUAAAUAAAGUUUCACAUUCACACUUUAAAGUCAAUUUAAGUUUAAGUUCAAUCACAUUUUAUUUCUAAUACAGAUGAACAAAUGAUAGAUGACAGUAGACAGAACUUUUUAAAGAAUAUAAGGCUAGAACAAUGUCCUAUGUAUUGCAUUGUAUUGCAAAUAUACAACAGUACACGUACAAGUUUUGUACAUGGAUUAAGAGUUGAUGAAUGUGUAGGAUUUGAGACUAUCUUAAGUAAUAAACUUCCUUAAGACAAGUUGCCAGGAAAGUAAACAUGUAUACAAUAUUGUUACAAUAAAUUUAUUACAUCCAGGGAGAAAUCUAACUAUAUAUAUACUAGUCUGAUAAACAUUAAUGUAGAGGAUGUCCAGUGCAUUAAUAUGAACUACAGUAGUCUGGUAAACUUAAAGAUAUACAGCAAACAAAAAGUUGAUGUCUAUUAAGCGUAAGAGGUGCCAGUGCGCUUAGGUUUCCAGGUGACUUCCUCAAUGCGGAUCUGUCGCACUCGCUUGUAGUAGAUGAAACUGUCGAUGAAAAAUAAUAUGACCAACACGAAACCAAGAAUCUGAAAUGUAAUUGGUUGAUAAUAGUGCUAAUUAGCAACACAAUUCAGG